UCGUUACAUGCAGCAGUCAUAUCAUCUGCGUUUGAUCGGAUAUUCACAUUCGCCGGUACAACUGUGAAAGAGACUUCAUUGGUCAAGUUGAAGUUCAGUGUUUAACCUUCCAUCAGUAUUGUCUUCGUCACCAUUCUGAUGAGGAUAGCCUGAUAGGACCCAAAAUCGAAGGAAGAGAGCCGCAGCCAUGUGUGGUGUCCAAUCUCCCAGUGCACAACCACGUAGCAAUCAACAAGUACAAAAUUCACCGAACACUUAAACGUUUCGGCUGAGCUUAAAUAUUAAUUAACCUCAGUACCUCACAGCUUCUGCCACAGUAACCGACCGACCGAUCUCUCUUUCUCUCAAGUUUAAUCUUCUUCAAGCUUGUCACGAUUUUAUUACGUAUACUUAGAAUUUGGAAUGCUCCUGCGACUUAUAGUUGCUUGUGUGUCGUUCUAAGAAUAGCGACAGCAGUCGAAAUACGAGCUAAGCUGCUAGCAUGCGUCACCCGAGUUCCUCUGUUACAAAUGUUGAGCAUGCAGAUAACACAAAGUAAAGCUUGUCGAUGCAAGCACCAACAUCUCUUCAAAUUUAUCCACUCACAUCCACUGAAACCCUAUAUAAACCAUCUCAUCACAACUCACGUCCAAAACGUCAGGGUUAGAAACCAAAUAGCAAAAUCAGAGCUCAUCCAUAAUCCUUCACACAUUUCAGCCACGUUUUAGCUUUGUUAGCUAGUUUGUAAAACAUGGACCUGAUGACCCCCCUGAGGAAUAUGGGCGUCGACACCAACCUGAUGGACGCCCUCCACGACCUUUUGGACAUCUCCGACGAGAACAACCAGUCUAGCCACCAGGCGCCGUCUCGCCAAUACUUCCGGGAAGCCAAGGCCAUGUCAACUACUCCAGCGGACGCGAAGGAGACUCCGAAUGCCUUCAUCUUUGUGAUCGACGUUCCGGGGCUGAAGCCGGACCAGAUCAAAGUUCAGCUGGAAGAUGAAAACGUCUUGGUGGUGAGUGGCGAGAGGAAGAGGGAGAAGGAGAGGGACCAGGGAGUGAAGUACCUGAGGAUGGAGAGGAGGCUCGGCAAGUAUCUCAAGAAGUUUGUGCUGCCGGAAAAUGCUGAAACAGACAAGAUCAGUGCCGAGUGUCAGGAUGGGGUCUUGACUGUGGUGGUGGAUAAAAAACCGCCACCGGAGCCGAAGAAGCGCAAGACAAUUGAGGUGAGGGUUGUCAGCACCCAAGAAGGUCAAGGUGGCCAGUUGGGCCAAGAAGGUCAAAGUGCAGAUUAA